AUGUUUGAUAUUCUCUUAUUGGAUAUUGUUGACGUAAACUCAAAUAACAAUCAGACAACAGAUGGGUCACUUCUGUUGCAGAAUUCUAGUUAUGACAUUCGUAAUAGUGAUCUUAACAUGGGUUCUGGGUUCGCUGACGAGAAAGAUGAUGACUGCCAGGUAGUGGAGCGUCCGAAUACAUUUAAAUCCGAUGGAUCUUCAAAUGGGCAGAUGCCCUUUGCCAGUAGUUCCUCUGAUCCUUUUGGGGUUUCCUCUGGUAGUGGUAAAUAUUUGAUGGAGGAAAGCGAUGGCAGGCCAGGUUGUUCUUUGGAUGGUCGACGCUUAUCAUGCAAAAGAAAAGCCUUUGAAGGAAAUGUGGGACAGUCUUCAGGAACUGGAAGUUCAACGUAUUUUCAGCAUGCUGAAAGAAGUCUAUGGCAUGCUGUGCCGGCUACACAAGCUGCCAUGAGCAGCAUAAGUAUGUCAGCACCAAUUGAUGAUAUUAUUGCCAUUGAUGUGUCGGAUCAGGAUUUUCUAAUGGAGAGAGAGAUUGAGAGAGAUCAAGAAUUGUCCACAAACCCAAGACUGGGGCUUCAUGUUGGAGGAUCUGCUUCUACAAGUCCUCUGACUCUGAAUGCUUCUGGGACUGCCGAAAGUUCCAAACAAAAUUUCUGCUUGCAGAUAAAUGACUCAAACCAACAAGAUUCUAUACCUGGUAAUCUGUUUUCAACGGAGGCUAAUGUUGGGAACACAAGUUUUCCAUCUUCCCAACAUUCAUAA